AUGGAGAGCCCAGUGCUUGAAUUGAUUCGCUCGCCGAACGACCGACAUCACGUGGCUUUGUUGUCGACGAGGUAUUCAAGCCGUUGCAGAAUAGAUGCGCCGGAAGACAGAGCGAUUACCUUCGACCAGUUAACAGAGGUUUUGAACUAUGCCGUGUCUGCAUGCGACAGAUGGCAAGAUCUGUCUACCUCGGAGAUCCAGCCCUUAACCAGCCAUGGGCUCGAUCACUACGACGUCGUGAACUGGAUUUUGCGGCCGGUGUCGGAAGCAAACAGCGGUUCAUUUGUGGAGAUGGUCGCAACUUGCCCUCAGGAGCCAGAGUACUAUCUGAGCCAUUAUUUUGGCCAGCCUGUCGGAGACAUACUGCAAUGUGUACGCCACCAUCUUCGAACAAGACACUUUUCGGAUGACACCCCAUAUUGGGCAUGGGCCUACGCACAUCGGUAUGGGCAGGAUGACGUGUUGCCAGACAGAAUUUACAGCUCUCCGGCCUGGCUCGCCAUGAGCAAAUCGCGUGGAAUAUUACUGGCCCUGGGCAAUUCUUCAGUUCCCCUCAGCCGAACGUGGUGUUUGCUGGAGAUCACUUUGGCAAUGGAGCGACGCCAGGCAAUGGACAUCGCUGCCUGCUCACCAGAAGGUGUGAAGCUUCUGACUGAGCAUCUGACAGAAGUGGAGCGCAAGACUGAACACCAGAAUCCCGGAGCUGGCUUCAAGCAGAAGAGCCAGCGAGAGCAGACGUUUCCGGCAGAGAUUCUUCUAGCUGCCCUUGACAUUGGCCUCGAGAGAUCGGAUGCUUCGAGCAAGUUGGACCGCAACCGCAUCCUCUACAAGCUCUUGGAAGAACGAGGCGUGGAAAUCGGUUCUGUGCCGCUUCAUCGGCUCUUGGAGAAAGUGAACGUAAAGCUGCGCGCUUUGUUCGCUUCGAUGCUGUGGUUCCCUGUGCUAGAGACGGAGAGCGGAAAGCUCCAACGCACACGAACGGCUUUGGCAGACUGCAUCCGGGCACAUGCAGCCAGAGAUUGCAUUGAAUUGAGCUUCUGUGCAUCACGCAUCGACGAUGCCCACAUGGCGGCACUUGCUCGAUCAAUGCACAAGAAUCUGGCAACCGUGGACUUGAACUUCUGCAUGUGCCCCCAUGUAACCGCAAAAGGCAUGGAAGAUGUAGCCAAAUGUUUGCCGGCCAAGCUGCGGACCCUGAGGCUGAAUUUCAAGUUGUGCUCUGGUAUUGGACAGGGAGGUGUGGAUGCGUUGUCCAAUUCACUUCCUGCUGGCCUGACCUCUUUGCAUCUGAAUUUGGCUUGUAAUUCUGAGAUCCGCAGCCUGGCCAGCUUGUGUCGAGGCAUUCGCAGCGUUCAGUCACUGAAGUUUCUGGAUCUGGAUCUGUCGGUGGUGGAAUACCUGAGUGACAAGAGCUUGUUGGCAUUGGCCGAGAUGCUGAAUGACCUCUGCAGCUUAAAGCAUCUUCUUUUGUCACUGAAGGGGUGCAAGUCCAUUACUGAUGCAGGUGUGGUUGCCAUACAAGAGGGCUUGCCACGGGUCACACUUCUGAAGCUUGACUUCGCUUUCUGCAACAUCUCGGACGAAAGCAUCGAGUCCUUGGCAAAUCGAAUGAAAUCCAUGCCUGACCUCUGUGUAAUGCACAUCAGCUUCCACGGCUGUCAGAAUAUUUCAGAAGCAUCUGUUGGCCACUUGGUGCAAGUGCUCCCUUCUUCUUUGAAAGGUGCCAAGCUGAACCUUUGCGACACACCUCUGCCAAUGACCAUUCAGAAACAUUGCAGACGCCUGGUGACUAUGCGUGCGUGGAUGCCUUUUAAGCUCUCUGCCGCGGGCAAGGAGUCCCCUGGCCCUGGCUCCCAGGAUGUGCCAGCCAGCGCAGCCAGCGACGGCACGGACAAGCCUGGUCUGACCCUGCGCAGCCUGGAUCUGUUCGUGCGACGAGGAUUCGUGCAGGAGGCACGGCCUGCAAAAGGGCCGCGGCCACCUGAAGCGAAAGCAUUGAAGGCAACCGCAGGCGGUCUGCGAGAUCUUUGGCAGAGAGCUUCCGAGGAGGAGGAGCGUCGCCUACGCCGCACUUUCAGUGAACCUUACAAGCGUCCUUUGAAGGCGCUCUUGCCCAAAGUUGUGCACAGAGCCAAGGGCUCUAACAUUGCUUCUAUGGCUCAUCCCGAAUGCAUGUUUUCAAGGCCACGGACAACCCAUGGUGGAUUCUCAGAGCCUGUUUGGUGCCCAUAA